AUGAGGAAUGCGGGAAAGAUUGGGAAAAAGAGCGGCAAGGACAUCCGGGGAAUUUCAGAGAUGAAAAAGGAGUUUUCCUUUUCAAUUUGCUUUCUUUCUCUCAUUUGUACCCACUUCUUUCUUAAGUUUUUUUUAUUGUCUUAUUUUCUUUCAUUUGACUUUACUCCUUUCGUCUACAAAGCUUUCUUUCUUCCUUUCUUUCAUUUUAAUCAUUUUUAUCUUUCUUUUUCCUUUAUCUAUCUAUCUAUCUAUCUAUCUAUCUAUCUAUCUAUCUAUCUUAUCUAUCUAUCUAUCUAUCUAUCUAUCUAUCUUUCUUUCUUUCUUUCUUUCUUUCUUUUUCUUUCUUUCUUUCUUUUUCUUUCUUUUUAUCUUCCUUUCUUUCUUUUUUCUGUCAUAUACAACUAUCAUUUUAUCUUUCUGCAAUUCAUAUUUCUUUCUUUUUUUUCUUUAUCUUUAUUUUAUUUUUAUUUUACUUUUCUUUCAUGUCUAUCAUUUUCUUUCUUUUUUUCCUGUGCCUCUUUAUGUCUUUCAUUAAUUCAUUUUCUAUUAUUUUCUUUUUCUUCUUUUCUUUCGUUCGUAUAUUUUUCUUUCCUUUUUUCAUUCUUAUUAUACUUAAUUCUUUCUUUCUUUCUUUCUUUCUUUCUUUCUUUUUUCUUUCUUUCUUUCUUCGCUCUUUAA